AAGGGUGCAUACAGUAUUUUUGACAAAGGAGUCAGAGUUUAAAGAGAAAAAAAGAACCCCAGCAAUCAUGCUGGUGAAGCCAAGGACAGCAGCAGUGGUUGGGGUCAUAGGCGUAGCCUUGGCAAUCCUUGGUGCUGGUGCUGGUGCUGAUGCUCAAGACCCUGAUGCAGAUCCCCAGAGUCACACUUGUCUACCCACCAAGAAGUGGUCUAUCAAAGGGGAAGACGUUGUUGCCAAUUCCAGAGGGAAUGUUACUCUAGUGGCUUUAUUGUCUGCAUCCUGUGGCUUCUGCAUAAGACAAGCCUUUUUCAUAAGCCUACUGAAGGACAGGAUGGAACAAGAGGGGCAUUAUUUCAAUGCAGCCAUUGUGAAUGAAGCCAGUAUGCUGUCUAUGUUGUACAGUUUGAAGCUACAAGAAGCAACUAGCCUCAAGAUCCCAGUGUAUCAAGAGACUCAUCAAGACCCGGUGUGGGAAAUUCUGGGAGGAUCCAGGGAUGAUAUCCUUCUGUAUGACAGGUGUGGUAGACUGGCUUUCCACAUCCCAAUGCCAUUCAGUGACAUUCUCAGCCCAUUCCAGUUUGUUCAGAAGUCAUUGAAGCAAGUGCUGGAGGACAAAGACUUGUGUGGACCUUGUCAAGAUGAAGCACUUGACACUGAAGAGACUCAAGAGGCCCAACAGGAGCCUCAACAAGAGCAAAUUGAGGUACCUGCAGAAAUUGUUCAGGAAAUUGAAGAAAUCCAGCAACUGAAGGAUGACUUGCCCACUGAUGAGGAUGAGCCCAAGAAAGUCCAGUGCACAGUGGUAUUUGAUGAGACAACCUCGACAAGUGUCACAAACUGCGAAGACCCAGCAGUCGUGCUUCAGCUUCCUUCUGACUUGGACGGGGUCAAAGAGGUUCUACCUCCUCCAAUGGAUGCUUUGGAAGAGACUGAAAUCGACAUUAAGCUCCAGAGGCUGGACGAUGUCGAUGGAGAAGACUUUGCAUUGCCUGCCACGGAUCUGGAGCCAUUGAACAGAGCUGAACAUGCUCCAAGGAGUGACAUUUCAGAUGUUCCAGUGGUGGAAGUAAGAGAGAACCCACCAGUCCCAGAAGUCGACCUCACCACUGAGCCAAUCCCUGCACUUCCUGAACAAGGUCUUGAUGAGGAACUGAAGCCCAAUAAUGCAUUCCAACCUCAUCGUCCCCCAUACACUGCUGGUUUAGACGAUGAUUUGCUCAAAUUAUUUCUAACUUCGCAACCUUGGCUUAUCGGCGAGGACCACCAAAAUCCGUGGAGCACCUUGUUGGCACCCAUGCAGCCCUGGAUCCCUGUGGUGGUCACUCCCGCGCCACCCAGGAGAGUGUACCACAAGGCUCGCAAGUACAGAAACAGGAGCAAGUACAAUAAUAAUAGGCCUCAUCAUCAGGUGAUGAGCAGAGAAAAGCUCUACCGACAAUACAUGGGUGAGGAAGAGAACAUGAUGGAUGUAGAGGAGCAGGAACCAGAAACCAUCAGACGGAUUCCCACUCAUGCCAAGAAGAACUAUUACUGGAAAAAGAAGAAGAUCAACAACUGCUCUGCUCUCCAGUUGCACCUGCAUUGCUGUCGCAAGUUCCUCAAGCACUCCAAGCAGCCCCAGUCUGAAUCCUGCUCCGGCUUCGGUGCUGACGACCUGUCCCGGUCUGCCUGCGAGGCCCUCAGGGCCCCACUGACCACCUGCUGCCCCCACUUGGUGUCGGGUAGUGACGCCAGCAUCUGUCUCUUGCCCGAGGCCAAGGCGUGUUCCCUGGCCAAGCGAGUACUCGGGGCCCCCAGGCGGAUCAUAGAGUCCUGCUGUCCAUCAUCAGACACUCAUCUCUGA